AUAGAGUCCUGGGACAUGGCUUGUGUUUUCCAGGCUCUUUGUCCCUGACGGGCCCCAGCUCUGUGACAGGCACCUUGGGUGGCUCUCUGAGUGUGCAGUGUCAGUAUGAGGAAGAGUACCAGAGUUAUAAAAAAUACUGGUGCCGAGGGCAGAAUGAGGGCACAUGUGACAAUAUUGUGGAGACCCAGGGAGAAGCAAAAGAAAAGAAUGGUCGCGUGUCUAUCAGAGACCAUGCUGAUCGCCUUACCUUCAUCGUGACCAUGGAGAACCUCACUGCAGACGAUGCUGGAUCCUACUGGUGUAGAGUUCGGAAAACAUGGUACCUGGGCUUCUGGUCAUCUGGCACUUCAGUCCAGGUUAAGGUGUCUGUUUCCCCAGCACCACGUAAAACCGCAGAGGAGACCACAUGUCAAGCUGCAUCUGACAUCUUUCCGGGGCUGAGUACCAAGCAGAACUUCAGUGCUGAGGAAGUGUUGAUCCACUGCUCGGGGUCCUCGUCCAGCAGUGUCCACUUGCUGCUCCUGGUCUUCCUGAAGCUGCCCUUGUUCUUGACAUUGGUGGGUGCUGUCCUCUGGGUGAACAGGCCUCUGAAGGGCCCUGGAGGAAGUCAGCCUGACAAAGAGAAGCCAUCACGUAGUGCACCGUCCCCAGGAAAGCCCUGUCCAGGAAAACAGCCUUUCAGACCAGAUAGAAGAGACCUUCAGACUCUGGACUCCAGGGCAGGGGGGCAGCAGUGCCUGGAUUCUGGAGGCACCUAAGUCUUCUGGAGAUAUUGUUCCUGUAUCUCAAGGGAGAAUCCUGGGUCUUGGAUGACACUUGUUGCAAGUGCUCAGGUGCAGGAAGGAUGAGUGUCCUGGGCCAGUGUUUGGGGUCCUCCUCUCUCUAUCCCAGAUUCCUUGGCCCCUUGCUCUUAUGCCUACCUCUCAAGGGCAAGAAUUCUCUAGAGGUUACUGGAAAGUCCAGCCCUUUACUCUUUUCAUUGCCACAAAAGCUCCUCAGCUCAGUGUCUCCCAGGGUAAUAACCACCUCCUCCCUGUAGCCAGGAGGCUCCCUGAGGACUUACCCCGCAUAGUCUUAGUCUUCGGGCUCAACAGGGCUUCAACUUCACUUGUGUCCCUGUGAUCAGGGAAUGUACGCUGUGCUCAAACAUCUCUGCCUGGGCUGGCCAUGACUGAAGAGCUUUCGGUUAAAGCCCUGGAGCUGGUUGGAGCUGCAGUGGGUGCCCCCAAUAUCACUCCCAGAAUUCUCCACCCUUGUGGGCCUCCUGCACACAGGGCUGGUGGACAGUCCACUGUAGCAGAAGUGUGGCUGAAGCCACCUGUCAACAGUUGGUGCUUUCCAUAGGAGAAGCAGACAGUUUUCUAAAGACAAGGACACAGAGGUGAGGAGUACCUCCCCACAUCAGGUUGACAUGAUGCCACAGCCACCACGGAGCACACCAGCCCUGGAAAGGGCUCUGUUGGGUUUGAAUGCUUGUCAACGGCUCCCUCCCUGAAGUUUGCAGCGAGGCGCGCAGUCUGUUAUAAGCACGUGUCACCAUCUUCACUCAACUCCUUGUGUGUGGAGCAGCCCUCUCAUCUCCACCAAGCCCAAGCCUUCCCUGGGCUAGUGAUGCCAGUUUCCAGAAAACACUCCAAACUCCGGAGCACUGAGUUUGCAGGCAGGGCCGCCACACUCAGAACCUGAACCCUGGCGUGGCUCCCACAAGGGCAGGGCCAUUGGAGGAGAGCUGGGACUGGCCCAGGACUCCGCUGAAGGAGAAAUUCAGCCAGGGAGG